GUCUCAAACUUCUGGCACUACAGUUUCAAGCACCGAAGGUACAACUGUCUCACAGACUACUGGCACUACAGUCCAUACAACAACAGGCACAGUUCAAAGUACAACCUCGCCAGUGACCAGUACAGAAGGUACAACCGUGUCUCAGACUACUGGCACUACAGUAUCAAGCACCGAAGGUAUCACUGUCUCACAGACUACUGGAACUACAGCUGAGACAACGACAGACACAAUUGCAACUACCACCUCGCCUGUGACCAGCACAGAAGAUACAACCGUGUCUCAAACUUCUGGCACUACGGUUUCAAGCACCGAAGGUACAACUGUCUCACAGACUACUGGCACUACAGUCGAUACAACAACAGGCACAAUUCAAAGUACAACCUCGCCAGUGACCAGCAGCGGAGGUACAACCGUGUCUCAAACUUCUGGCACUACAGUUUCAAGCACCGAAGGUACAACUGUCUCACAGACUACUGGCACUACAGUCGAUACAACAACAGGCACAAUUCAAAGUACAACCUCGCCAGUGACCAGCACCGAAGGUACAACCGUGUCUCAGACUACUGGCACUACAGUAUCAAGCACCGAAGGUACCACUGUCUCACAGACUACUGGAACUACAGCUGAGACAACGACAGGCACAAUUGCAACUACCACCUCGCCUGUGACCAGCAGCGAAGGUACAACCGUGUCUCAAACUUCUGGCACUACAGUUUCAAGCAUCGAAGGUACAACUGUCUCACAGACUACUGGCACUACAGUCGAUACAACAACAGGCACAAUUCAAAGUACAACAUCGCCAGUGACCAGCACAGAAGGUACAACCGUGUCUCAGACUACUAGCACUACAGUAUCAAGCACCGAAGGAACCGCUGUCUCACAGACUACUGGAACUACAGCUGAGACAACGACAGGCACAAUUGCAACUACCAAUUCGCCUGUGACCAGCACCGAAGAUACAACCGUGUCUCAAACUUCUGGCACUACAGUUUCAAGCACCGAAGGUACAACUGUCUCACAAACUACUGGCACUACAGUCGAUACAACAACAGUCACAAUUCAAAGUACAACCUCGCCAGUGACCAGUACAGAAGGUACAACCGUGUCUCAGACUACUGGCACUACAGUAUCAAGCACCGAAGGUACCACUGUCUCACAGACUACUGGAACUACAGCUGAGACAACGACAGGCACAAUUGCAACAACCACCUCGCCAGUGACCAGCACCGAAGGUACAACCGGGUCUCAAACUUCUGGCACUACAGUUUCAAGCACCGAAGGUACAACUGUCUCACAGACUACUGGCACUACAGUCGAUACAACAACAGGUACAAUUCAAAGCACAACCUCGCCAGUGACCAGCACAGAAGGUACAACCGUGUCUCAGACUACUGGCACUACAGUAUCAAGCACCGAAGGUAUCACUGUCUCACAGACUACUGGAACUACAGCUGAUACAACGACAGGCACAAUUGCAACUACCACCUCGCCUGUGACCAGCACAGAAGGUACAACCGUGUCUCAGACUACUGGCACUACAGUAUCAAGUACCGAAGGUACCACUGUCUUGCAGACUACUGGAACUACAGCUGAGGCAACGACAGGCAAAAUUGCAACUACAACCUCGCCUGUUACCACCGCCGAAAGUACAACAGUCUCUCAGACUUCUGGCACUACAGUUACAAGCACAGAAGAACCGUUUGGGUCAGAAAUAAUAUUUUCUGUCGCAGUGCCUAGUGGUGAUGACAUUGUUUCAGAUUCUGUUGAUAUAGAAGGUGCAGUUCCUGGAUUUGAUGAUCAGUAUCAGUGUAUUCAUGUCAGUACCAAUGGUUUAGUGACUCUAGGAAACAAUACGGUUGGCUACACUCCACAGAAUUCUACCUCUUUAGAAAUGGCAGACACAAUUAUGUUGCAACCAUACUGGACUGAUUUGGACACGACAAACUUAACAGAAACAUCAGUAUAUUACACAGUAUACCAAAAUUUACAACCAACUACAAAUUUGACUGUUAAAUGGAGACCUUUCUUAGAUCCAACUUUUAACCCAACAUGGGCAGUGGAGGUUUCCUGGAAUGUUGUUGCGCCUUUUCCAGCUGAAGAAAAUGAAGGCAUUGAGAAUACAACAUUUCAAGCAAUUAUUUUUACUGAUGGUGAUAAAACGUAUGUCAUCUACAAUUACAAUGGAACAUCUCUACCAUAUGAUGGUGCAAGGACUCCAUUCAUUGGUUUGAAAGCCCCAAAUGUCAGUGUCCAACACCCGUUAUCUGGAACUGCCGAUGCUGGAAAUGUAUUUGACACACCUGGAAAUACAGGUGAAAAAGGAAUAUGGAUAUUUCCUUUGUUUGAUGAAAAGAACCCACCUCGUAAUUAUGCAGCAACCUGUAAAAAAUGGAAGAAGCAACAAGCUAUAAUUACUCCUAACCCGUCCUGUCCAUGUACAUAUACACAGGCACUUCUUGACAAAAGAUUACGUAUGGAUGCAACAACAUCUUGUGCAGAACUGAUUUCACCUACACCACAAGGAUAUGGUGUGCUGUGUUGCUAUGAUGCUGCAUCAACUGGAGCAUUAUUAACUGGACUUAGAGGAACAAGCAAGUUUUAUCGCUAUCACCCACGACUUUAUCCCACAGAACAUCAAAAGAAUGACCUUGAUGCAGAAACAGCUUGUUGUCAACUAGAUAAAAGUUGUGACACUUACUAUCAAUACAGGCCAUCUCCGACGUGUGUGAACUACACUUCUCUUACCUGUGCUCAUGUUUAUGGUACUCCACAUAUUACAACAUUUGAUGGCUUAGACUAUACAUUCAGUAACAAGGGAGAGUUUGUACUGGCUUAUAGUCCAACAGGAAUCCAGGUUCAAGGUAGACUGGAACAUCCCUGGCUUAAUGGAGCUCCCACAGAACAGAACACCAACACAACAGUUUACACAGCGUUUGCUAUACAUGAGGCUGGAUCAUCUAAUAUAACAAUUAUGUUUAAUGAGAAGAGAACAGGUAUAGAAAUAAUAGUUGAUGGUACAAGAAUAACAAACCAGUUAUCACAGGGAACAAUAUAUGACAUCAGUGGUGGAGCAAUCAGACAGGAUGGGGAAUGUUAUGUAGUCACGUAUAACUCAGGUUUUGCAGCAGAAUUUUGUCAUGUUGACAAAACUAUACAGAUGACCCUAUGCUCAGAACCACAUUUGUUGGAUGGAGUGACUGGUUUAUUAGGAACUGCUAAUAACAACCAAACUGAUGAUAUACAAACACCAUCUGGAACAUUACCAACCAACCAAUCAGACCCUAGUCUAUACCAGAUUCUGUCAGAAUGGGCUGUAACUCCUGAAACAACAAGAUUCUGGUAUAACAAUGGAUAUUCAAAUGAAAAUUAUACUCAGGAUAAUUAUAUUCCAAUAUUCCAAGAGGAUAUUUCGGAUGCAACCAUUGCACAAACUAACGACACUUGUGGAGACAAUAAGUUAUGUCAGUAUGACACUAUUGUACUAGGACCCACUGUGGGAUCUAACACAAACCAAGAAUAUGAAAAAGUAAAGAACAAAGAUAAAAUAAAAGAUAAUUAUGUUCCACCUCCAGAAGGGACACAAGUUGUAAAUGUAACUAUAAAUGACCAGAUAACAUUUGAAAUACAAAAACCCAUACCAGGGAUGUCGAUCAAUUGCCAGCUACCACUCAACGCAACAUGUUCAGAGGAAACUAACACCUCUGUCAAAGUCACAUGGACUCCAACUAAUUUUGAUCCCACAAUUCUCAGGUUUGUUGGAGAGGAUACACUAGGAGGUAUAAGCCAGGCAUUAGGUAUUGUCAUUAAUAUAUGUGACUGUAACAACCAUGGGACAUGUGACUUUGACAAGCUUCUGUAUGCCCAGAAUCCUAAUAGCUACUUCCGCAAGGUCAAGUGUACUUGUGAAGAAGGCUGGACAGGUACACAUUGUGACCUUGACUUUAACGGAUGUGAAGGGGCACCUUGUGAGUCAAGAGGGACAACUUGUGAAGAUUUGAGUCCUGCUAACCACAGGGCUAAUAAAUACCCAUACAAAUGCAAAGUGUGUGGGAAUGGAUACAAAAAGGGAGGAAUCAACAAAACUAAAUGUUAUGAUGUUAAUGAGUGUAAGAAAGACAAAGGUAUAUGUGGUAUACACAACUGUAAGAACCAAAAAGGAAAACACACAUGUUUGUGUAAAAGAGGCUUCUUGACCAAUGUGAAUGGUGAAUGUGCACCAGAACCUACACCAUUAGAUAAAGAUGUGGAGCUGGAAGUUUCUCUUGAUGGGAAAUUCUCCGGAUCUGAUAAUAAGAGUAUAUCUGAAUCUUUGGCAAAAAUAUUUGGAAAUGUUACUGGGUUAGACUUUAGUUCAGUAGACAUACCACCUGAAGCUAUCAAUUUCGAUCCAGCAACAAAUAAAACAACAGUGAACUUUAAUGUGACCUUGAAUACCCCUGUUAAACCAGAAGAUGAACAGCUGAUAGCUGGAGCGAUGAGUUCUGUUGUUUUACAAAAUAGACCAUUAGUGAUUGAUAACACUACAGUACCUGUCUUACAGGAUUCACCAUACAUUUUCAUACAGAAACCAGAUGGAACUCAGGUCAAAGUUCCACUUGGAAUAAACAGUACAAAUGAUGGUUGUACCAUAUUCAGAGCUAGUGAAACAUGUAGAAAUAAUCAACCCUGUGAAGUUGAUGAAAACAACCAGCCAAAAUGUGUGUGUGGGGAAGCCUAUAAUGGAGAUUAUUGUCAGUAUGCAGCUGAGCCUGUAGAUACUAGAGAAAAAGAAGUCCUAGAAAUAGGGGUACCAAUCCUUGCUGCUGCUGCUGGACUGGCAGCUGCCACAUGUCUGAUCCUGGCUCUCAGACGAGGUUCUAAAGGAAAGGAAGAGGCAUCUCAGGCUAGUGAUGGAAUACCUGUGUUUGGUAUGCCCUCAACAAUGUAUUUACCUCAUUAUACCAAAGCAUUUACACCAUUCUCUGCAUCUAGUCAAUGGGAAGAUGAAGAACUAUCUGAAGAUAGAUUAUUUGAGUUCCCUAUAUCAUACCCCUAUGAUAAUGAAGAAUUGGAACAGUAUACAAAUGAUGACGACGAUGAUAACGUUAGCUUAGAUAUGGCAGGUAUGGAUGCAGAUUGGUUCAAUGAUGCACUCACGAAUGAACCAGACUUUAAUAUUCCUAGGCCAAACCUAGUAUCUGACAAUCCAAUUUUCCCAAAUUUGUCCUCAUAGUACCAAUGAAAGAAGAAGAAUCCAACAAUGAAAAGAAAAGAAAUACAUGGACAUGAAAUUAUGUAAAACUAUAAAAUCUUGAAAAAUUAAAUUUGUAUUUAAUGUAUGGAAAAAUGAACAUUUAAUGUAGAAUAAUUACUAAAAAAAAGAAAAUAUUGCUUUUAAAUACAUCAAAGUUUCAUAUCAUCGCACUGACCAUCAAGAGAAAUCAUUGUUUUUAUUAUUAAAAUUUAAGGAAAUGGGCUGUUCUGAUAUAAUGAAGAUACACAUGGUUUUAUCAAUUAAAAUUAUACAUAAAUUUUGUCAAAUGCAAGUCUGCUUUUAUAUAUGUUUUUUUUCAAAACUAUUUAAUU